AUGGGAAUAAAUCCAGAAGAGGAGUUUCAGCACCGCCACAGAAGAAGAUUGAUUCCAAGAAGAAUUGAUGAAAACCGAGACAACGAGGAGGCAUUCUCCUUCCAGACGUUUUAUUCGAAAGAGAUUUAUUCUGUACUUGAUCAGAUAAUUACAGAUUGUAAAGAAAACUGGGGUAGCAUUUUGAAGAAAAUAAAGCCGUUCACUGUUUUGUUGCCUCCUUGGGAUAACUUAAGGGAAGAACAAGCAGAGGAUCUGGAGCAUUUGUUGUCGGGGAAAGUUUCAAGUGGCAGUCUUAUUGCAGAGCUUACUGUUUUGAGAGAGGACUUCCAAGAGAAAAAGUUGGUGAAGAGCAUGACAGUCCGUGAAAUUGCAAAGUUCGUAUAUAGUCGAAGGCACAUUUAUCCGGCAAGCAACACAGCAUAUACAUUCCUUCAAACAGCACCAAUUACUGUGGCUUCAAAUGAAAGAUCUUUUAGCAAACUAAAGUUGGUGAAGACUAAGCUGCGGAGCACAAUGCUCCAGGACCGCCUGGAAUCUCUGAUGCUGAUAUCAUGCGAGAAGGAUUUCUCUGAAAAUGUCAACUUGGAAGAUGUUGUCAAGAACUGGAUACACUUAAAAAACAGAAGAGUUCGAUUUGACACUACUUAA